CUCACCCAUUCAGUUGAUUCAACGCCGUGAGUACGUAUAGAUCACCAUGAGUUUAGCCGGUAAAGUAGUUAUUGUUACGGGAGCAAGUUCAGGCAUUGGAGCCUCAGCAGCUGAGUCCUUUGCCAAGCAGGGAUCCAAAGUGGUGAUCGUCGGACGUAAUGAAGCAAAUCUGAAAGCUACUGAAGCGGCUUGUAAAGCAGCCAAUAGCAAAGUGGAGCUACUAGUCAUCGCCGCUGAUGUAACAACAAAUGCGGAGAAGAUUAUCAACUCAACAAUUGAACGAUUCGGACAAUUGGAUGUGUUGGUGAAUAAUGCCGGUGUGGGUGAAAUGGGUUCUAUCUUGGAUAUCGACGUCGAUCAAUUUGAUCGUAUUAUGAAUAUAAACGUACGUUCGGUAUUCCUACUAACCAAAUACGCCGCGCCACAUUUGAUCAAAACCCAGGGUAAUAUCGUGAAUGUCUCCAGUGUCGCUGGUUUGCGUUCAUUCCCUGGUGCUUCGGUCUAUUGCACCUCAAAAGCAGCACUUGAUCAAUUCACCAGAUGCAUUGCCUUGGAUUUGGCACCGAAGAAUGUGCGUGUGAAUGCCGUAAAUCCUGGUGUGAUCGUGACAGAAUUCCAUAAACGUCUUGGCAUGUCCGCGGAGGACUAUGCUAAGUACUUGGAGCAUUCGAAGUCUACACAUGCAUUGGGUCGUGUCGGUGAGCCAAAGGAAGUUGCCGAUGCCAUUCUUUACUUUGCAAGCGACAGUUCGAGCUUUAUAACGGGCGCAACUCUCCCAAUCGAUGGUGGCAAACAUGCCAUGUGUCCUCGUUAAUUUUACAUUCAUAUGUGAUUUAAAAAAAAAAAAAAUGUGAAAAAACAUAGAUAUUAAAUAAAUUAGUAAAAAAUAUGGUUUAAAAUUGA